AUGUACUGUAAUCUAACAAGAACCCAAGGAUUUCCCAUGGCGAUUAGGGUUUCUUUACAACAAUCAACACUCAAAAGUUUCCACUUCUCAAAGUCCUCGACUUUACCAGUUAAGCUUUGUAUAAACCCCAAAGGUAACGCCUUUACGAAUGGGUUAGUUAGUUCUCGUCUUAAAUCUAUUGGAAUGUUGGGGAAGCUUGAGUGUGUUAGAGGGUUUUCGAGUUUUGAUUCGCAGAGAUUUCGGAAACGAAGUAGUAGUAGUAGAGGGAAAUCUGGAUUAGGGUCAUUGAAAGCUUUUAGAGAUAAGAGAAGUAGUGGUAAUGGUGGUGGAGAUUCAAUUUGGGUGAAAUCUGAUGAGAAACCAGUGGAAGAGAGGUUUCAGAGAGGUAAUAGUAGGUCAUCUUGGGAUAAACGAGAUGGUCGAAACGAUUCGGUUUCUGUUGACAGGAGAAGUAGAUACAGAGAUCAAGGUGAAACAAGAAACCGAGAUUCUUUUCGUGCUCGAGGAGAUGGUAGAGUAGUUGACGAUAGCAAGAAAGCUAGCGGGAAUUCGAUUUGGGUGGCUAAUGAGAAACCGGCGAAAGAGGAAUUGCCGAGUGGUAAUAAUCGGUCAUCUUGGGAAAAACAAGAUGGAAGAACAAGAAAUGAGAACUAUUUUCGUGCCCGAGGUGAUGAUAGAAUCACUAAAGUGGAAGAUGAAACAGUGAAUCGUGCCCACGAAGAUGAUGAUAGAGUCAUUGAAGAAGGCGAGGAAAUUGAAGAAGAACCAAAUGAUAGUAGGUGGUCUGAGAUCAAGAAUAGGUUUAAUAGAUAUGAUGUAAGAGAUCAAGGUCGUGACAAUGCAGCAUAUCGAAACUGGAAUAGGCAAGAGAGUUGGGGUAAAAAAACAUGGCAAGAGGUGACUGAGUCUAGUGUGCCUCGGAUGAUUGGUGAAGUGGUUUAUGGAGUAAGUCCAGUGUUAGCUGCACUCUCUGUUGGGAGACGGGAGUUCUACGCUCUGUAUGUUCAAGAAGGUUUGGAUUUGAGCAGUAACAACAGGAAGAAGAAAGACAAGAAAGGUUUCGAGAAAGUCUUGAAAAUCUCUGAAAAACUCGGGUUAAACAUCAAGGAAACGUCGAAGCAUGAUCUUAACAUGGUUGCUGAUAACAGACCCCAUCAAGGAUUGGUGCUUGAUGCUUCACCAUUGGAACUGGUGAAAUUGAAAGAACUAGAUCCGAUUUCAUCAGAGGAAGAGAAAUCUUCUCUUUGGGUUGCUCUCGAUGAGGUCACUGAUCCACAGAACUUAGGCGCGAUCAUAAGAUCUGCUUACUUUUUUGGAGCCACCGGUAUUGUGGUCUGUGCGAAAAACUCAGCUCCUUUCAGUGCGGUUGUGAGUAAAGCAAGCGCUGGCUCACUCGAAGUAAUGGAACUUAGAUACUGCAAAAACAUGAUGCAAUUCUUAGAAUCUUCUGCUGAGAACGGUUGGCGUGUGGUUGGUGGUUCGGUUUCUCCAAAAGCUGUUGCUUUGAACGAGGUUUUACCCGGUAGCCCGACGAUUCUUGUCUUGGGGAAUGAAGGAACGGGUUUAAGGCCAUUAGUCGAGAGAUCAUGUACUGAAUUAGUUCGGAUUAGCGGAAAUAUGCCUAACGAUGUUGCAGCUACAGAGUCUGAUGAUGCGGAAGGCGAAGGACUUAGAUAUUUUCUUGCUGUGGAGAGCUUAAACGUUAGUGUUGCAGCUGGUUUGUUUCUUCAUCAUUUGAUAGGCAACAAAGCAAGUGUUUAA